UUGUGCUGGCUGGUUUUGGAUGUUCUGGCGUACUGGUGUUUUGGUUUGUCUAGUGUCUGUCUACUAUUUAUUGUGAAUUGGUGGAAUACUGAAGGCAGUUUUGGUGGUGGUGGGAAUAAUAUGCUGAGAAAAUGGGAGAACCAGAGAGAGGACAGCAUGCAACUAGUUCCAAGAAACACUCAAUAGAUGAUAUUAUUGAUCACAUGACUGCAGAUUUACAAAGCUAUGAAGGCCAAUACAUUCUCUUGGGUUCUCCUCCCAACACUCAACACGUAUGGCCCGAGUACCCCACUCAGACAGGCCAACCUAUGACAGUUCAUAAUCCUGUUUUUGUUCAACAACCGUAUGACAUGCAAGAUAGAAAACUUCCAGACUUUCCUCCACAACACGGAUUAUUUUAUCCCAACACAUCCCGACUCCAUGAGGGUUCUGGAGAAAUGAUUGGUAUGGUUGACGUAGGAGGUGGGAAUUUUGUGAAUGUUGUAUUUAAUCCCACCAAUACAGCAAAUCCGAUUCAUCCAUUUAUCCCUUCACAUCAUCCUGACCCCAACAUGGGAUUUAUUCAUUAUCAGCAGCAGCAACAGCAACAACAACAACAGCAGCAGCAGCAACAACAACAACAACAGCAGCAGCAGCAUAUUCCCAACAGUACAUCUGUUCAUAGAGAUUAUGGUUUGUUCAACUCUGGAAAUGAAAAUGGAAGUCAGAAUAAUCAUCAGCUGAUUGAGAAUGUUGUGGGGAACUGGUUGCCAAACAAGAGUGGAACAUACAGUCCAUUUGGCAAUGUGACUCACACACAGCCUGAGGUUAAAGAUGAUGAUAUAAGAACUGUGCGCCCUGGACAGCCAACCCAGGUUAAGAAACCGAGGAUCGUAGCUGAAGUACGUCCCAUGAGACCUUCAUAUUCUGAUGUGCUGGCAAAGUCCGUACCUCCGCUUACCCCUCCCCUCACAUCUCCAAAACCCCCACCAUUCAGUGGAACAACAACCAAGAGUGAGGGAAGGAAGCAAAACUCUAAAAGUGGAAAAGGAGGAACAAAUGGGAGCCAGUCAAAAGUUGUUAAUCAGUCUUCAACGUUGAAACGCCAGCACUCAAACAAUAGUGAAGACCAGACAAAGGCUAAUGUGAGGCGAUGGAUCUCCUUGGAGGAUCUCACACCUCCUCAGAGCAGUGAGGAGAAUUCAUUCAUAGAUUACGAAGCUUAUAUAGAUGAGAGUAUUGGGAGUGGUUCAGACAACUGCAUGCAACCAACACCUGGAGAAACUAAAAAAGAGAAGAAGCAAAAGAAAAAAGUAAAACCAUCAGAAGAGAAGUGUGAGGCCUUGAAUAAUCAUAAAACGGCAGGAGGAACUCAAGGUGGUAAUAAACGUCCACUUCAUAUUAAUAACAAUCUACAGGGUAAAACAACAGGUUCGGAGAAAAAUGUUACGAAGAAUGCUUCUAAGAAUAGUCGUUCUGCUCAAGAAGAAAGCAAGAAAGGUUCCAACAACGGAAGCACCAGUGGUGGUGGAGGGAGCAGCAAAACCAAUGUGAACAAUGAAGAGAGAGGGCCGAGCGUGUCUCGAGUAUCUCGAGGAGGAGGAGGGGGCUCUUCAGGGCCCAAAAGGUCUCAGAGAGCUGCUAAAAGAAGAGAUGGAAACAGUUAUUUCAGUGUACUGUGCAAGAGAUGGCAGGAGCAGAUGUCACACUACGGUUUAAUGUUCCUCACAUGGUUCUUCCAUCUCAUAUGGGACGUGUUGGCCAUGUCUGCACGCCUCUUGGUUCACUUGUUUGCUGUGAUGGGGGAAACAGGACUGGUGUGGCUCAGUUGGCUACAGGUGAGGAUGACAAGACUGAUGGGUGGGGACAGUUGGUGGAACUGGUGGGCCAAGAAACCUCCUCCACCACCCAAGCCUUCCGAACCUACCCUGCCCGGUGGGCUCACUGCUAACAUCUCAUUACCGGCCACUGGAGAUGAAGCUAUGAAAAGAUUAUUGGCAUGUAAAGGAAAAGAUCCGUACAGCAUUUUGGGAGUGACAAAUCACUGUAUAGAUGAUGACAUUAAGAAAUAUUACAAGAAACAGGCAGUGUUGGUACAUCCAGACAAAAAUUCUCAACCAGGAGCAGAAGAAGCAUUCAAAAUUUUAGUUCAUGCAUUUGAACUUAUUGGUGAACCCGAAAGACGAAGUGCAUAUGACAGAUGUGUAGCAGAGACACACCAAGUUGAGCAGGCCUGGAGUGAACUCAGUGAACUUCUGUCUCAGCUCCACCACAAAAUGGAAUAUGCAGCAAACACAAUCAGGUGUACAAAUUGUGGCAAAAGACAUAAAAGAACUAUCAUACAACGACCCUGCUACGCUGCCAGAUUCUGUGCUCAGUGCAAAAUACAUCAUUCUGCUCGAGAAGGAGAUAUUUGGGCCGAGAGUUGGAUGCUUGGGUUGUUGUGGCACUAUUACGCCUGUAUGGAAGGUGCUGUCUACGAUAUAACAGAGUGGGCAGCUUGUCAGGCUGACAACCUCAAGCAUCUCAAGGCCAACAGUCAUGCGGUCCAAUACAGGAUUGUCCUGGGCAAACAGAACCAACACCACCACCACAAGGACAGUCACAAUGAGCCUGACCUUGAAGAGUUCUUGAACAACCUGUACGCUCAGUCAGGUGGCGGCGGCGUUGAUGGCAACACUGGUGGGAAUGAGAAUAGCACUCGGCAACGGAGGAAAGGCAAACGCAAGAAGUGAAACAAACUUGUUGAUUUGUGUAACUUAUGAUGAACCGUUUCUUCCAUGUAAAGUGAUUUGACUAAGGAAAUUAAUCGUUUAUCAAUAUUGGAUUACAAAAUUACUUCACUCUUAAACUUUUAGUACAGUAUGCUAAUCUCAGGUUUUUUUAUUUACACUUAGUUUCAGUUUGUUCUAGUUUUUCCUUCUUAACUGAACAUUACUUGUAGUUUCACUUAGCUCUUAAGUUUAUUUUCUUUUAUCGCUGAGGAACUUAUUGAAUUGAAAUAGAAUUUACAAUUGACAAAUGUAAAAUUUUCUUGUGAUUUUAUUUGGAAGAUCUCUCAAUAGAAAUUUCUCAAAUGUGUAGUUCCAGCUACAUUUCUAUGAAAUAAUGCAUUUGUGUUCAAUAUCUAUCUUAUUAUUAUGAUAUUUUUUACCAAGUUGUCUAUUUUACUUCAGGAAUAAAAUGAUUCUACAAUAAAGUGGCUGUGUAAUAUAAACUAUACUAUAUAAAGUUUGCUUUCUGUGUUUGAUUUCAAAUACAGAAGCAUAAUUAAAUAUGUGAUUGUAAUUUAGUACAUUAUGAUUUAGAAGAAGUUUUUAUUAUAUUAUCUACUUGAUUAGUCAAUAAAACACAUCUAAGUCACAAGUCUCUUUGUGAACAGUGCAGAUAAAAAAUAAAAGUAUAAUAAACGA